CGCGCCAUGGCUGUUCCUGUUUCCACGAAUGACUCCAUCUCUCUCGAAAGGAAAUUCCUGAAGCACAUUCGUGACAAUGUUCACGGCAACAUCUUCCUUGAGCCAAUCUUCUUGAAGUUUGUUGACACUGAACAAUUUCAAAGACUUCGUGAUCUGAAACAACUUGGCCUAAGUCAUAUGGUUUACCCUGGGGCUGUUCAUUCUCGUUUUGAGCAUUCACUGGGCGUUUAUUGGCUGGCUGGAAAAGCUAUUGAUGUCAUUAAGAAAUACCAAGGCUCCGAGCUAGGCAUUGAACACUCUGAUGUAUUGACAGUAAAACUUGCUGGACUACUACAUGAUGUUGGUCAUGGCCCAUUCAGCCACACUUUUGAGCAUGGGUUCCUUCCCCUGGUUCUUAAUGGCUCCACUUGGUCUCAUGAAGAAAUGUCUGUGAAGAUGGUUGAUCACAUUGUUGAUCAACACAAUAUUGAUAUGGAUCCUGAACUUCUCAAAAAAGCGAAGGAAAUGAUUACUUCUAGCUCUAACAACUAUCCUUCACAAAGAGAAAACCAGUUCUUGUAUGAUAUUGUUGCAAAUGGUCGCAAUGGAAUUGAUGUUGACAAGUUUGACUACAUUGUUCGUGACUCCCGUGCUUGUGGCCUAGGGUGCAACUUUCAGCCUGAGAGAUUGAUGGAGACCAUGCAAGUUAUGGAUGAUGAAAUUUGUUAUCGUGCUAAAGAUUAUCUAACAGUUCACAAGUUAUUUGCAACCCGUGCAGAUUUACAUCGAACAGUCUAUACACAUGCAAAAGUAAAGGCAAUAGAAUUGAUGGUCAUAGAUGCACUGGUGAAAGCAAAUCCCUAUCUUCAUAUUGCAUCCUCAAUUCAUCAACCAUCUGACUUUUGGAAGUUAGACGAUUCAAUUCUUAAAACAAUUGAAUCUUCUUCCCAGCAAGAGCUGAAGGAAUCUAGAGACUUGAUCAUGCGCAUUCGAAGAAGGGAUCUAUACCAGUUCUGUAAUGAAUUUUCUGUUCCAAAGGAAAGACUAGAUGACUUCAGAAGCAUCACACCGCAAGAUAUUGUCUGUUCCCAGACUAAUGGCAUCACUUUGAAAGAAGAAGAUGUUGCUGUGAGCAAUGUUAAAAUUGAUUUAACACGAGGAAGGGAGAACCCUCUUGAAAGAAUUAAAUUUUUCAAGGAUUACGAGAGUAGAGAAAAUUUUCGCAUUGCAGACGACCGCAUUAGUCAUUUGUUGCCAGCAUUUUAUGAAGACAUAAUAGUAAGAGUGUAUAGUAAGAAGCCUGAGCUGGUGGAAGCUGUUUCUAAUGCCUUCGAAAAUUAUCAGCUUAAGACAUUCGGAAGGAAAGCACAAGUACACGAAACUUCUGAGAAGAAGAAACGGCUUAAGUAUCUGGCCCACUACCCUUGA